AUGGCAGAAAUCACACUCGACGAGUGCCUCGUCGGCCCGGAAAAGAAGGAAUUCUUCAUCCACGCCUCUCUGGUGACCAGCCAGCCCAAGGUGCUGGACAAGCUGGUCAACGGUCCGAUGAGGGAGGCGGCCGAUGGCUGCACCGUGUGGGAGCACGUCGACACAGCUACGUUUGUGCGAUUUGGGCAGUACGUGUAUACUGGCAACUACGAAGGCGAAGCGUCGUCCGAAGAAACUGGAGUUGAGCGGUUGGUCAAGGCGGUAACGGUUCCGGAUGAGGAACCUGCGGAGGCACAGAAACAAAACUUCUCUGAUGACUACUGGACUGGGUCGAUGGUUGCAAAGUGCAAAUGCAACAAGAAGAAGAAGAUGGCUGAACCGCUCCUACAGCUGCGGAAUCGCCAACCCACACUAUGCGCCUGGAAACCCAAGCCGCUUGUCCUCGUCUGCGGCGUCCUUCUCUCGCAUGCGCGUGUGCACAUGAUGGCCGAGUACUACCAGGUGCAGCCCCUCGCGCAGCUCGCUCUACACAAGCUUCGCCAGAUCCUCUGCAAGUUUACCCUGCACGACGAGCGCAUGGGGGACGUGGUUGGCGCUGGCGGCGGCGCUGGUGGGAAAUAUGAUUGA